GGACUUCCUUAUUUGCUGCUUUAUAAACCCAGACUCUACUACAUUCACUCUCAAAGACUCUCACAUCCUCAUUGGUGCUGAAAGAUCAAAACAACCACCAAGAUGACAACUAAACCGCUGCUCCUCCUGGCUGCACUGAUUCUCUGCUGUUGCUUUGCCUCUCUGCAUGCUGGGCCACAGGGAUGUAAAUGCAUACGGACCACCACUACCAGAAUCCGUACUCAGUUCAUCAAGAAAGUUGAGGUCAUUCCUAUUCAAGGACGCUGUCGUCACACUGAAAUCAUAGUCACCAGGAGGGACAACGUCAAAUUUUGUAUUGAUCCAAAUGUGGAGUGGCUGAACAGCCUGUUGGACAGUUUGAAAAAGAAAAGUAUGCCCAACAACUCAACUGCUAUGCCACGCACUUCCACUGUUGGCCACGACCAGACCAGCAGUUAGAUCAGUUCACAUCACAUUUGACUUCCUUUUAGGAAGACUGGGCAGCUGUCAAUACUUCUCUUAUUCAAAUUACUUGCUGUUUACCAUCUUAAGUUGUUUUCUUCAGUUGAUUGACUUCUCUAGUAUUAAUCCUUUGGUACAGACCCUUUACCUAUUUCUACCUAUUCAUUAAAUAAGCAAAAAAGCUUUAUUUUCAGUCUUCAUAUGCUGAUUCCACUCUGGAAUAAAAGUGUUUAUGUUGCAAUUCAAUUAUCUGUAAAAAAAAAAAAAAAAGUUACUAAUAACACAAUAAAAACAAAAUACAGAAUUCUUUCCAGUAAGACUGACAACAUAAUGUGCAUUAAAUACAUUUUGAAUGGUGCUGUAACGUCUGACAUGCUUCUGUUGUAAUCAAGCUUUGUUCUCUCAUGAAGAAAUAAAUGUGCAGACAAAAAGA